AUGAGUGCUGAUGAAAUUUCAAAUGUAAUCCCUCGUGUUGUUAUAUUCGGUGGUAAAGCUGCUCCAGGAUAUCAUAUUGCUAAAUUAGUAAUAAAAUUGAUAAACAAUGUUGCAGAAGUUGUUAAUAAUGAUAUAAGUAUUCAUGAUUCUUUGAAAGUUGUAUUUAUACCAGAUUAUAAUGUGUCAGUUGCAGAAAUUAUUAUUCCAGCUUCAGACAUUUCACAACAUAUUUCAACAGCUGGUACAGAAGCUUCUGGUACAAGUAAUAUGAAAUUUGUGUUGAAUGGUGGUUUGAUUCUUGGAACAGUAGAUGGUGCCAAUAUUGAAAUUCAUCAAGAAAUUUCAGGUGAAAAUAUUUUCAGUUUUGGACAUUUGGCUGAUGCUGUUAGUGACUUAAGGCAUGCUCAUAGAAAAUCAAAAGAAAAAAAAACUGAUAGAGUCGAAGCGCUUGAGUAA